CGCCGCGACUCCCUCCAUCACAACUACGCGUAUCUGUGCCUGCUGUUUGACUGGGUGUUGAAUCACAAGUUGCAGCUAAGAUGCUACUUUGCGUCCUGUGUCUGUUCCUUGGCUGCCUGACUCUGUCUGAAGGAGGACAUCUCAACAUCAGCUGCAAGCCUUGUGUGUGUAGUGUGGCAUCAAAUGGAAAAAUUAUCGCCAAUUGUUCGGACAAAGAUCUAUCUUACAUCCCCGAAACGAUUCCAAAUUCAGUAUCAUACCUGUGUUUGUCUCAUAACAGAAUUAAUCCUCUGUCAGGUCGUUGGUUUCAACGGUUCACCAUAUUGGAACAUCUUGACCUAUCCUUCAAUCAACUAAAAAGUUUGCAAGUGGGCACUUUUAUCGGAGCUACAAACCUGCUACAACUGAGUCUCCAUGGAAACAAUCUUCCGCUAAACGAGACAGCAUAUCCAGACGGGAUAUUCAGACAGCAGAAAAGAUUGCAUACUCUGAACAUUGGACAGAACAGCAAGGUCGCAGAUUCAGUGUACCCAGAUAAAGCUCUGAGCGAUCUUACUGCUCUUCGGACACUUGUCAUUGAUGGUGUGAGUAAUGCCACGUUUGGGAAUGGAUUUUCGAAACUGAAGAAUCUUACUAAGCUUACGGUAUCAGGGGAAAGGGGCUACUGUUCAAUUCAAAAGCUGCUGAAUACAUCUUUCCUUCACAUUCCGUCUGUCAGGUACCUGGACAUCAGCAAAUGUGGAAUCUACUCUAUUGAAACAAGUGCAUUUUGGCCACUGAGGCAUAUUGAUACUCUAGACAUCUCCAACAAUCAGUAUCUAGGAUUUGAUAGCCUUGGUGAAGCUGGAUAUGGGCUUCGGUUUUCAUCUCUAAGAGUAUUAAAGAUCAACAGGAUUGUGACAACAUUUGCCAUAGGAGUUCACAUAAAGCAUCACAAUAUGAGGUAUUUCACUGAUCUUAAUGUAAAGGAGAUCUCUAUAGAUUCAAACAGAGUGGAACUGAUCGAUCAGGAAUGCAUCAGACUUUUAAAAACUGUGGAACUGGUAUCCAUGAAACACAACAGAGUGACAUUUGGAUCCUAUCUCCUGAGUCUGAAUGAACUGACAAAUUUACGUAAAAUCUAUGUUGAAAACCAGUACGCAUCUAAUAUCCCUCUUGUUGGUUCUGGUACAGUCCCAACUCCCUCCGAGAAUCCUAGGCUGCCUUCAUCUGAGGCUCAACCAGUGGUUCAAUAUUCACGAAUAUGCACGCGUGCCUGUGAGGCAGAAUGUACCAAUAGCUCUUUGUGCUUGAACUAUCAUAAUAGUUAUUAUUACAAUGCAGAAUAUGAAAAAAACAUAAUCAUUGACUUAAGUAUUAAAAUACUGCUACCUCCAAAUGUAACAUAUGCAAAUGUUAGCAACAGUAAAUUGAACUAUCACAUUGGUGAGCUUAACUUCAAUAGAAACCAACUUAGAACAGUCGAUUUAUCCCACAAUGUCUUAACAAGGUGGAUAGGGCCAUUACAUGAAUCUCACACAGUUGAAUACCUGGAUCUCUCUGACAAUUACUGUACAUAUAUAGCUCCAACA